AGUAUUUUUUAAAAGCUAUGAGCUUGGUGCGCCCUCUGAAUCCGGUUCUGCAGGCCAUUGCCUGCAAGGAGCUUAAUGAAGUCCCCCAUCGGGUACCACAGGACAUUGAGGCACUGCGGGAAUGGGUACUCAAGCAGCCACAUCUACGGGCCUGUACUGAAGACCAGUUCCUACUCGCCUUCCUCCGUGGCACAAAAUUUAGCUUGGAGCGGGCCAAGGAGAAGUUUGAUAGAUUCUACACGCUACAGUCUUCUAUUCCCGAAGUCUUUAACGAACGACGAUUGGCCACCGACCCCCAAGUUUUGGAUAUCAUAAGAAUGGGAGUUAUUUUACGACUGCCAUUAGACCCAAACGACCCGGGUCCAUGUGUAACCAUUAUUCGAGCUGGAUCGUAUGAUACGGGCAAAUACAAGUUCCAGGACAUUAUUCGAGUGGGUUCCAUGUUCGGAGAGAUCAUGAUGUUCGAGGACGAGAACGCCACAGUCAGCGGCUAUGUGGAGAUAAUGGACAUGGCUGGAGUGACAGGAGCGCAUCUCUUUGCUCUCCAGCCGCAGUUACUAAGCAAGUUCUCAGCCUAUGCGGACGAGGCGAUGCCGACACGCCAGAAGGGCAUUCACUUUAUUAACGUCCCACCGGCCUUUGAAACAGGCUUCAAUUCGUUGAAAUCCUUUUUUCCCGCCAAAAUCAAGAGCAGGAUCUCUGUCAGUUCUGAUCCGGAGGCCAUAUCCCAGUUGGUGGGUCGUGAAUGCUUGCCAAAGGAAUACGGCGGAUCUGCCGGAACCAUGCAGGAUAUCAGCGAAGCGAUGGAGGUUAAGCUAUCUAGCUACGCCCCAUACUUCCAGGAUUCCCAAAACUUCGGCACGGAUGAGAAGUUGCGGGACAUCGGAGCUCGUGUCCAUCAAGAUCAUCGGUCAUCAUUUGGGGCUGUGGGCUCCUUUCGUAAACUGGAAAUUGACUAAAUCCACUGCAGGGGAUUUAGAUUACAAGUCUAUUUAGAUUAAAAAUGUUAUUUACCAACAAAUGGUUUAAUCUAAUCUGUGACCAAGCUUCAGGAGGUUCGCAAUGCCAUUUAAAUUGACCGUGAAUUACCCUUUAGGGUUGCUAGGCGAAUAUGUGAAUAUUUUGUUUGUUUAAAAUAAACUAUAAGUAACAAGUACAUUUGCAGGAACAAAUCAGUUCUAUUAGUCUGUUGAAAUAUCUAUAAAAUAUCUGUUACCCUUGGGAUGUCCGUCCGACUGUCUAAAAAAUUAAAACUUUAAAAAGUG